AACACUAGAUACGCCACGCCCCUCUCAGCCGCGGCACACGGAGCCGCCAUCUUGUGUGGGUCUUGAGUAAGUAUUCUCACACUGUCAGACAGCCAAAGAUACAUAUGGUCACAGCUAAUUUCUCAGCUCAAAAAAAAAUGCCAGUUCAUUGUGCUGCUUUCGGGUGUGUACACCGACGUUCAGUACACACCAGACGAGAGGGAAUCACUUUCCACAGGUUUCCCAAAGCCGGUGACCAGCGAAGAAAAUGGGAAGUCGCUCUUAAAAGACAGGGUUUUGCUGCCAAUGACGAUACCAUGCUCUGCAGUAAACAUUUCAAGCCAGAGCAUUUUGACCGGACUGGUCAAACUGUCAGGAUCAGACUUGGUGUUGUUCCAUCCAUCUUUGCCUUCCCCGCUCAUCUUCUAAAAUCAACAGCCAGCACUGACCGGACCACCUCGAAUUCAAGGCGAGCCAAGGAGAGCCUUCCAAUGGACAUCCCUCAAUAUGCCCCUGUUGAACCUGCAGCUCUGCCUCAGUCUCAGCUUGUUGACCACACUUAUGCUCUGUCCAGUUGCCCUUUUGCUCUUAAGGAGGGGUACAUUAAGGCAAAGGACAAUGUAAGCAGACUGCAGAGGGAAAAGACGAAUACAAGGAAGCGUGAAUUGAGGGCAAAGAGUUCCUUGCAGGAUGUGCUGAUGGAGCUGAGGGAGAAAAACUUGAUGACUGAAGAACUAAGUCAGAGGGUUGGAUUGUAUGCAGAUCUCCCACUGCACCUUUUCGAGAAAAAGGCCAGUGAAUACAGCAAAGAACAGAGGGAGUUUGCCAUCACAUUACACCUGCAUGGACCCAAGGCAUACCGCUACCUCAGAAGCACGCUGCAACUUCCUCUCCCUCAUCCACGCUCAUUGCAAAGGUGGUUGUCAUCAUUGGAUGAGAGGCCGGGCCUGAAUAUAAUGAUGCUCAACAUGUUGGGGCGUAAAUUGGAAGAAGACCCUGACAAGCAUGGCCAUGUGACAUUAAUGCUGGAUGCCAUGUCCAUAAAGAAGCAUCUGCAGUACAAUCCUCGGACUAAACGGAUGUCAGGAUAUGUGGACCUAGGCAACGGCUGCACUACAUGA